AUGAUCCUCAAGCUCAACUACUACUACACCAACCAAACCUUACUCACAUACUUCAUCAUGCCUCGCAACGGAGACGGAUCCUCAGACAACGGCCCCAUCGAGGUCGGCAAGGACGCUGUCCACGGCGCCUCUGGAGACUCAACCCUCGAGCACACCAAGAACAACGUCGCUCCCAUGCCUGAAAUCGAGAAGGGCGAAGCUAUCGAAGGCAUGAACGCCUCCGGCGGCGGCCUUGCACCAAAGAAAGGCCACACCGGCCAAGGCGCCCCCGCCACCGACUCGAACAAGCCCGCGCCUGUCGACGAGGUCACCAAAUAA